GGCUGUUGGCUCUAAGAUCCCACCAGGUCCUCAAAGAGAGGUUGUAGGAACUUAAUUAACUUGUUUAUGUCAGUUAACCUGGUAAAGCUGGUUUCCUUGCACGUCCCUUGUUUCAAGUUCCAUGACUUCCAGCUGUCAGGUGCUUCAAAGAGGGAACUCCUGAGCCCUCCCCAAAUACUGUCACCUGAAGUCCUAGGGCAGGCCCCUGCUGGGCCACGGGGCCCCUCUGAACCAAUCACUGUGGCCGAGGGAGGGACCCAGUGCUCUGACCGGCUGGUCACCCUCAUGUACCCCCACCCCCAGCUCAGUGAAGCAUAGGAUUGAGGGGUCAUCUGCACCCACACCACUGACUGGGUUCCUCCUAAGGGAGAUGAGCUAGUAACGGGGGAAGGGAAGCCUUGGAGCAGACAGGAUAACAGGCCCGUCAGCCCCAGGAAACAGCGGAGUUGUGCAGCCAGGGAGGGCGAGGGGAUGGAGCUGCAACCCAGGCAUGUGCCCUGACGGGGAGUCGAACCUCCAUCUCCUGGAUCCUAGAUGGAUGCGCCGCCUCUGAGCCAUGCCGGCCAGGCUGGUGACUGGGGUUUUGAUCUUCUCCAGAAAAGUUGCCAGACGGCCAGCAUUGCCACGGCCGAAGCGUCUGCCCAGACCCGGAGGCACGCAGAUGCCCAGGUACAGACCGAGGCACCCGUGCCAGUGGGCGUGCUGCCCGUGUCCCAGCAUGACAGCCCCGGGCUCGCGGACUUUCUCCGGAGAGUGGAGGCCAUGGUUACCCGAGAGCUGAGCAAGAACCGACAGAGCCACGCGUUUGAUGGCUUCGAGGUGAACUGGACAGAGCAGCAGCAGACGGUCACCUGCCUGCACACCCUGGGCUACCCACCAGCCCAAGGGCAGGGUCUGCACGUGACCAGCGUUUCCUGGAACAGCACGGGCUCGGUGGUGGCCUGUGCCUAUGGCCGGCUGGAUGAUGGGGACUGGAGCACGCUGAAGUCCUUCGUGUGUGCCUGGAACCUGGACCGGCGCAGCCUGAGUCCCCGGCAGCCGUCCACAGUGGUAGAGGUGCCCAGCGCUGUCAUGUGCCUGGCCUUCCACCCCACGCAGCCCUCCCAGAUUGCAGGCGGGCUCUACAGUGGGGAGGUGCUGGUGUGGGACACGAGCCGCCCCGAGGACCCGUUGCUCUGGCGUACAGGCCUCACCGAUGACACGCACACAGACCCCGUGUACCAGGUGGUUUGGCUGCCUGAGCCUCGCUUCAGCCACCGCUUCCGGCUGCUGAGUGUGGCCACUGACGGGAAGGUGCUGCUCUGGCAGGGGGCCGGGCCGGGCCGGCUGCAGCUCGCGGAGGGCUUCGCCCUGGUGGUGCAGCAGCUGCCGCGGAACACCAAGCUCAGGAAGCCGCAUCGGGGGGAGACCGAGGUGGGGACCACGGCCGUGGCCUUCUCCAGCUUUGACCCCAGCCUCUUCGUCCUGGGCACGGAAGGUGGCUUCCCGCUCAAGUGCUCCCUGGCAGCGGAGGAGGCUGCCCUCACGCGCAUGCCCAGCUCUGUGCCCCUGCGGGCCCCGGCACAGUUCACCUUUGCUCCCCACGGCGGGCCGGUCUACUCCGUGAGCUGUUCCCCCUUCCACAGGAACCUCUUCCUGAGCGCAGGGACCGAUGGCCACGUCCACCUGUACUCCAUGCUGCAGGCCCAGCCCCUGACCUCCCUGCAGCUGUCCCACAAGUACCUGUUUGCUGUGCGCUGGUCCCCAGUGCGUCCCUUGGUGUUUGCGGCAGCUUCUGGUGAAGGGGACGUGCAGCUGUUCGACCUCCAGAAAAGCUCCCAGAAACCCGCCGUUUCAGUCAAGCAAACCCAGGACGACAGCCCUGUCUACUGUCUCGAAUUUAAUCGCCAGCAAACUCAGCUGCUGGCUGCUGGCGAUGCCAAGGGCACAGUGAAGGUGUGGCAGCUGAGCACCGAGUUCACCGAGCAGGGGCCCUUGGAAACUGAGGGCUUGGAGCAGCUGGCUGCAGAGGUGGGCACCUGAGGACAGCUGUGGCCUGGAGUGUCCCCAAAUCAGAGGCUCCAUCUGGGCUGAGCUGUGUAUUUCUGAUGGAAGCUGAAUGAAGACAGACAAGUGUU